AUGGAUGUCGAGAGUGCGCGGCAACUGGACACCCCGCUCGCGGCCGAGCAGAGCAACGAGGCGUUCCAGGGCAACUGCGUGUCACGCAGCUUCCUGACCUGGGUCUUUCCCAUAUGUCGGCGCUCCGCGGAAGUGGAGCAGCUUCAGGUUUCUGAUCUGUUCGAAGUCGAAGCUGAUGCCCGACCGGAAGUUCAGGUAAAGUCCUUCCUGGAUCAGUGGAGAGCCAAGGUGGGCAGCCUGCCAGGGCGGCGCCGCCGGCGGAGUGGCUGGCUUCUGCUGCAAGUGCUGGCGAAGUUGCACGUCCCACGGCUAAGCUGGUGGUGGAUGCUGCGGUUUCUGCAGGCGUUUCUGGAGUUCAGCUUUCCGCUUUUCCUGAAUCUUAUCAUCAAGUUCGUGGAGCAAGACGAUGCGCCUGUUUGGCAAGGUCUUCUCUUGUGUCUGGCCAUGUUCGCCACCGAGGGCCUGGCCGGACUUGUUGAUGCUGCUGCGUCGAUUGGCUUGCAGACUGCCGGUCUCCGCAUUCGGGCCUCCUUGGUGUCUGCAAUUUUUCGGAAAGUUGUACUGCUGCGGCAAGACUCUAUGCUCAGCUUCUCCACAGGCAAGUUGAACAACAUGAUUACAACAGACGUGGACAAAGCAAAACGUGCCCUGCGCUAUCUCCAUGUGCUGUUGCUCACAGCACCAAUGAAGAUCUUCAUUGCCCUGUGGUCUCUGCACAGCCUAGUUGGCCCCUCCGUCUUCAUUGGACUGAGCUGGAUGGGUGUGGUGAUUCUGUUAAAUCCGGCCAUGAUGUACAUCAUGAACCGGUUGGAGGAUGCACAACAGGCGACGACGGACGAGCGAGUACGCAAGGUCACAGAGGUUAUUUCCUCCAUCAACGUCAUUAAGUGCUAUGGCUGGGAGGAGCCCGCCACCGCCAAGGUGGAAGUGGCACGACGCGCUGAGCUGUCAGCCUUGUGGAGGCUCUACUGCCUCUACACGGUCUUCGAAGGGAUGUGGUCCAGCGUAGUCCCUUGCUGCACUGCCUUGAUGUUUGCUUCCUACUCCUGGCUGAAUCCAGACAAGCCCCUGACUCCGUCGCAAGCUUUCACCGCCAUGAGCCUCCUGAGCAUGGUCCAGGACCCGCUCUUCACCAUUCCCUGGGUGCUGAACCUCCUCGUUGAGGCCUUCGUCGCAGCCAAGCGCAUUGAAGGGCUCUUCUGGCUGCGCGAGUCUUCUCUUCCAGCAAUCUCGGCUUUGGGGAGCUUCCUCCCAGUGCAGGAGGAGCGGCGUCAGCCUUCCAUGGCCAGCAUGGUCCCUCCUCUGAAGCUGGACACCGGAAGCGCCAUUCGCCUCGACCACGCCUCCUUCGUCUGGAAGGAUCAGGAGCCUGGAGAAGGCAGUCAGCCGACUUCCUUGGAGGAGGGCGAACAGCGAGGUGACUUUCAGCUCCACGAUCUGACCCUGCAUGUUCAGAAGGGCUCGCUUGUUGCGGUGGUGGGCCCGACGGGCUCAGGAAAGUCGUCUUUUCUGCAGGCGCUGCUGGGUGAGAUGCUAAAGAAGGACGGAUCUGGCAAAGUCGAGGUGUCCCGGGCCAAGCCUAUCGCCUUCGUUCCACAGCAGCCGUGGGUUUUCAACGCCACGAUUCGACAAAACAUCCUCUUUGGGGAGCCAUACUCCGAGAACCUCUACAGAGAAUGCCUCCGGAGCAGCGACUUGGAGGAGGACCUGAGAAACCUUCAGGCUGGCGACCAGACCAGGGUUGGAGAGAAAGGCAUCGCCCUCAGCGGGGGACAGAAAGCUCGAAUCUGCCUCGCGCGCGCGGCUUACAGGAUGCGCGACAGCAGCAUCUAUCUUUUGGAUGAUCCUUACAGUGCAUUGGACUCGCGGGUUGCGUGGCGAUGCCACGAGGAGAUGGUUGCAGGCCAGCUGUCUCGGAAGACCCGCAUCGUGGCGAUGAAUAGGCUGGAGUUCUUGAGCUCCUGUGAUCAAGUGGUCGUCAUGUCCAACGGGCAGAUCGAGGCCGCGGGACGCUACCAAGAGGUGGUCAGGAGCAGCUCCGUUCUUCAGGCGCUGCUUACGUCCCAGGGCCUGGCUGAGAGCGCCCGCGCGCAGACACAGACGGCGAUGCAGCCCUCGAAUUUCUCCCGUGCCGUCAGCGCCAGCUCCGCUGGCUCCGCAGCUGAGGGGCAGCAAGGGGAGGAGGACGAUGAGGACGACGAGGAAGCAGAAGGCUUGGAGGAGGAAGAGAGAGCCACCGGUCAGGUCAAGACAGAAGUUUUCAAGUACUACUUUCGGGCCAUGGGGGGCUGGUGCCGCGUGUCCUUCCUCGCCGCGCUGUACUUAGGCUCGGAGCUAGUGACUCUCAGCCUGCCCGUGUGGCUCGCCGUGUGGACCGCCGCCUCCACGAAAUCCGGCGAGGUAUCCCUGGACCAGACGAUGCACUACCUGUCCGUCUACGUGAUUCUCAGUAUUCUUGUCAUUAUACUGGCCACUCUCCGCGACUUGGCGGGUAAUGUCUACGGCUUUAUGGCCGCGAGGCGGCUGCACCUGGCAAUGUGGACCUCUGUGCUGCGUGCGCCGAUGUCCUUCUUCCAGGACACCCCUCAGGGCCGGAUUAUCAACCGCUUCUCAAAGGACAUGUCUGAAAUUGACAAGGAGGUGAUUUGGAACAUCAUCAACACCUUCGUGCCCGUGUUAGGAGUCGUUGGCAACUUUGCCAUGGUUGCUGGUAUUGCCUACUACGCCGUCCUCGCCUUCCUGCCAGCCUUCUACUUCUACUACAAGCUGUGGAAGUACUACAACAAGGCCGUCCUCGACGUGAAGCGCAUCUCCAAAGUCCAGGGCAGCCACGUGUACGACCAUUUCAACAACUUGUGUCGGGAGAAUGCCAUCAGUGUGGUCAGAGCUUUCAGGCAAGCUGAGCAGCAGUGUAGAACGAGUGAUGGCUUCAUCGUGGACCAGCAAAGACCUGAUUACACGCAGUUGUUCCUCUCGGCGUGGUUUUCUCUUCGCAUCGAAAUGCUUGGCUCCAUCCUCACAUUGCUUGUGUCCGUGUUCAUCGCACUGGGCCAUCAAACGCUCGUGUCAGCUAGCACGGCGGCUCUGGUCUUGAACUUCGCCGGCGAGUGUGCCGGCAGCAUUGAGCAGCUCAUUGGGCAGGUUGCAGAAUUUAGCAUGGCCUUCAACUGCGUCGAGCGUGUGCGGCACUACGCUGAGGAGCUUCCGAGCGAGGCGCCGGUGGUGGCUGCCUCGCGGCCUCCUGCGGGAUGGCCGGACCGAGGCGUAUUGAAGGUGAAGAACCUUCAGUUGCGUUACAAGCCGCACCUGCCCCUGGUCUUGAAGGGCCUCAGCUUCAGCAUGAAGGAGGGCGAACGCGUCGGCGUGGUAGGGCGGACUGGCGCGGGCAAGUCCUCGCUGCUUCUGGCUCUUCUUCGGAUCGCAGAGCCGGAGCUGGGCUCUUCCAUCGAACUGGAUGGUCAGGACAUCUUGCAGAUGGGCUUGCAGGACCUGAGGCGUGCGGUGGCGAUGAUACCACAGGAGCCAGUCCUCUUCCAGGAGACUCUCCGCUACAACUGCGAUCCCUUCGACCAGCACAGACCCGAGGACAUCUGGGCUGCACUGGAAGAAGCCCAGUUGGCGCCCUGGGUUCGGCGACGUGGCGGCGAGGACGGACCUGCAGACCAAGCCGGAGAUGAGGCCGACAGUGGUUACGAGGACAGAUGCAGGAAUCUGCCACCGGCACAGCUGCAGAAGUUGCUGUCGCUCGAGAUCAAGGAGAACGGGCAGAAUCUAUCGGCUGGUCAGCGGCAGAUGGUGGCCAUCGCGCGAGCCGUCUUGCGCAGCUCCAAGAUGGUGGUGCUGGAUGAAGCCACCGCGGCUGUUGAUGCUUCCACAGACGAAGCUCUCCAGAAAGCCAUCCGCCGCUGCUUUACAGGCGCCUCAUCCCUCACCAUCGCACACCGUCUGCAGACCAUCAUCGACUGCGAGCGCAUUCUGGUCCUUGCUGAUGGUCAGAUUGCAGAGUUUGACUCGCCGCAGGUGCUGCGGGAGAAGGAGCAGGGAGUCUUCCGAAGCAUGCUGGACGAAGUGGAGCACGCCUGA